AUGUCGUUCAAGUACAUCCGCAUCACGAAGCCGGCCGAGUACGUCGCUCAUGUCGAGCUGAACCGCCCCGAAAAGCUCAACGCCUUCAUCCCGGACCUAUGGCUUGAGCUCGGUCAGGCUUUUAAGCAGCUGUCGGCGGACUCGGACGUGCGUGCCAUUGUCCUGUCGGGUGCCGGCGACCGCGCGUUCACGACAGGGCUGGACGUCGUCUCGGCCGGCCAGUGGUUCAGCGAGAUGGGCAACCUGCCGGACACGGCGCGCCGCACGGUCUACAUGCGUCGGCACAUUCAGGGCAUGCAGGACUCUCUGACUGCCAUUGAGAAGUGCGAGAAGCCCGUCAUUUGUGUGAUGCAUGGCAUCUCCCUCGGCAUGGCGGUGGACGUGGCAUGCUGUGCUGACGUGCGCAUCUGCGCCAGCGACACGCGGUUCGCCGUCAAGGAGGUCGACAUUGGCCUGGCCGCCGACCUGGGCUCGCUCGCGCGGCUGCCGCACAUUGUGGCGUCGCAGUCGUGGGUGGCCGAAGUGUCGCUGACGGCACGCGACUUUUUGGCCGCCGAGGCCCAGGCGGUCGGCUUUGUGAGCCGCGUGCUGCCGGACAAGGCGGCCGCGCUGGCCUAUGGUCUGCAGAUGGCGACCCUGAUCGCUGCCAAGAGCCCCGUUGCCGUGCAGGGCACCAAGGAGCUGCUGGUCCACGGCCGGGACCACACCGUUGAUGAUACCCUCAAGUACACGGCCGUAUGGAACGCGUCAGCCAUCCAGUGCGACGACGUCCAGGUAGCUCUGAUGUCGGGCAUGCAGAAGACGAAGCCACAUUUUUCCAAGUUAUAG